AUGCGACGGCUGCCCAGUCUGAAGCCCACGAUGAUGGCGGCCUCUGCACCCAUUCCUGCAAACUACAAAGCACUCAGCAAGAUAGGAGAGGGGACAUUUUCUGAAGUCCUAAAGAUGCAGAGCCUGCUCGAUGGGGGAUUCUACACCUGUAAACAGAUGAAGCAGCACUUCCCCAGUGUGGAACAAGUGAACAGUGUGCGGGAGAUACAAGCUCUGAGACGCCUGAACCCACACCCGAACAUCCUCACGCUGCGCAAGGUGGUUUUCUUGGAGGCACUGGGAGAAGACACUCAAUUCUCUGAGAGGAAGGUCAUGCACUACAUGUACCAGCUGUGCAAGUCCCUAGACCACAUGCACAGAUGUGGAAAUGGGAUAUUUCACCGAGACGUGAGGCCGGAAAACAUCCUGGUAAAGCAGGGAGUCCUGAAACUCGGGGACUUCGGGUCCUGCUGCAGUGUCUACUCCACUCAGCUGUAAGAGUACAUCUCCACCCGCUGGUACCAAGCCCAGUGCCUGCUCACUGACGACUUCUACACCUCCAAGAUGAACCUGUGGAGUGCAGCCUGCAUCUUCUAUGAGAUCGCCAGCCCACAGCCCCUCUUCCCUGGGGUGAAGGAACUGGACCAGAUCUCAAAGAUCCAUGACAUCAUCGGCACGCCCGCCCGCCCAAAGACCCUUACCAAGUUCAAACAGGAAGUGUCAAGAGCUAUGAGUUUUGAUUUUCCUUUUAAAAAGGGAUCAGGAAUUCCUCUGACAGCCAGUUUAUCCCCGAAGUGCCUCUGUCUCCUGCAUGCAGUGAUGGCCUAUGACGCGGACGAGUGCAUCGCUGCCCACCAGGCCCUGCAGCACCCGUGCUUCCAGGAGCAGAGGUAGGGUCCCCGUGCUCUCCCAUGCGGGCAGGACCUGAGGGCAGGAUGGGUGAGGAGGGCUGGGUGGCUGCUGGGCGAUGCCAGGGCUACCACGGGAGCGGCGACUGAGGGGCUGGCUGGAAGCCGCUGUGCCCGGUGUGGACUGCGCGUGUAAGCACUGUGCCGAGACCCUCCGGUUCUGUCCUUUGCCCGUGCACGGGCAAUGUGGCCGUGGCAGUUGGUCCCGGGAGGUGCUGCAGGCCCAGCAGCCUAGACACCAGGAAGCGUACUGUAGGCCAGUGUCCAUUCGUCACCACAGGGUCUCCUUACAAAGGCGUGCGAAACAGAAAAGUCCCCUCAGUGCUCAGAGCGAGUUAAUAAACAGCACAGCUCUCACCUGGACACCGAGAGCCCCAAGAAGCCUCUCGAGUCAUCUGCUGAGAGCUGAGAGUGCUGGGAUUCGAGGGCCUGCGGCCCCUGCAGAGGAGGGGUCCAGCGCCAGGC